AUGCAUCGUCCUACUCCUAAUUCUUUUUCUUCCCAACCCACUGAAAGAUCAUCAACAACUGCAUUCACAUCUUCUUUGAGUGGUGGAAAUAACAACAAUAAUGGUGGAAAUCAAUCAAUAACCACAGUACAAAUUUCUCAUCCAAAUACGACAAUGACAACCUCAGGAACUGCUCCUACCGUGAUUCUGCCAAUUCCAUUCCCUUCAACGAGUUUUGCAACACCACCACCACAACAACAAGGCAUCUCUUCUUCUCAAUAUAUUCUUCAACAGCGCCAAAAUAAUAAUACGACCUGGAUGACGACGAACCAAUUCUCAUUGUUGAAUGCGUCGACAUCUUUGAAUGAGACGUCACAACCAAAUGUUACAUCUUCCUUGCAAAAUCAAAAUGUACAUCCAUCUAACAUGUUCAACUCGUAUUCGACAUCAGGCAGUACAGUCAAUUCUAGCAAUUAUGAAAAGAAUACGACGACAACCACGACAAUUGUUCAAAACUAUACUCCCAUGUUAAGGUUAGAUUUAAUGGAUGUUCUUCAUACAUUGCACCAAGAAGGAUACUCAGUGGACACAAAUGAGCAACGUCAACAACAGUUUCACCAGCCGCAUCAUUCAGGCGACAUCUUUAAUCCUACCAAUAUCAAAAAAGAUGUUUCACAUCCAGAGAACUAUUCUCCAUUGCAACCACAUACAAUGGACAUGCGACCGUUCUCGACGUCUUCAUCAUUAUCUUCCAACUUGAGAAAUGAACUCCUCAAACAUUCUUCCUCGUCGUCACCUGUUCAACCUAUACCGCCGGCCUCACAUCAAAUCCAACCAAAUCUUUUUCCUCCUCCAACACCAACCACCACGCCACAACAACCUCCCCAAUCAUCCAUUCCCAACAUUACCUUCACUUCUCCUUCCUCUUCGUCCAGCUGUACAGUCAUUUCCUCUUCGCUUAGUACAUGGUCACAUCUCGAAACUGAAGUUUCCUCGUCAUCUUCUAACAUUCCCAUCACACACACCUCCACACAAAAUGUACCACAGCAGCACGGUGAGCAAACAACAAGAGCUUUUGUCAUCCAUGAAAACGAAUACGAGAAGAAAAAGGCACCCAAGACAAAAAAAGCAAAAUCAGAAAAUUACACAAAUCAGAAGAAGAUGGAAUUCAGAAUGGAACUGAACACCACCAAAGAAAAAAAAUCAAACACUUCUAGCAAUAGAUUUAUUCAAGUAGUGGAAGAAACAAACGCUGUUUCUUCAAGCAGUAGAAGAAGAUCCACGUCCUCUUCUACCGCCUCCUCACCUCUUUCUCCAAGUACAAAGGUAUCAAGGCCUUGA